AUGGCUGAAGAUAGCUUCCACCUUCCUGGCCAGCCAGUAAUUCUCCCCAGAGGCCCGGUCCCCCAGCUGGGAGAUGGCGUGUAUCAAAGGGAAGGCGUGAUUCGCGCGAGCCUCGUUGGUAUACCGCGACACGAAGCAUCCACUCUGACGAUUUCUCGUCUCCGACCCCAUCCGCCAGCCCCCAAUUCGAUUGUUCUCGGGUCUGUAACACGGCUUUCCCCGCUACAGGCUUUGUUAUCUAUAUCAGUGGUAGAUGGCGUACCACUUCCCCCUGGAGAAGAAUUCAUCGGUGUUAUUCGCACUCAAGAUGUUCGAGCAACAGAAAAGGACCGUGUCAAAAUAGCCGACUGCUUUCGUGGCGGUGAUGUCGUAAAAGGCCUGGUGAUCUCGUUAGGUGAUGCUCGAAGCUACUAUAUAACAACUGCUCGCAAUGAUCUAGGUGUAACAUUUGCGACAAGCGAAGCUGGUGCAACGAUGGAACCCGUCUCGUGGCAAGAAAUGCGAUGUCCCAAGACCGGUAGAAUAGAAAAGCGCAAAUGUGCCAAACCAGAAGGGCUUUGA